AGAACUGGGAAUGAGUCCAGAAGUGAUGUGACUCUGAUUCAUGAUGUUUUUCAGAGGCGAGAUGGAGACGUCAGCAGAAGACCAGACGGAUCCAGGACCUUCAGCAGAAAGUAAAGUUUUCAAGAUUCGCUGUGAUUUUGUGAAGAGGGUUUCAGAGGAAAUCAUUAAACAACUCAUAGAUCACUUGGAAGGAGAUAAAGUUUUAAAUGCUAGUGAGAGAAAGGAUAUACUUGAGAGGAACCCAACCACAGAAGAAAAGGCCCGCGCCCUCAUCGACUCUGUGAAACCUAAAGGUAAUGAAGCCUGCCAGAAGAUGAUAGAACAUCUCCAAACCUGUGACAUUUAUCUUUCCUGUGAGCUGGGUUUGUCCUCUGAUCCAUCUGCUCAGAAAGGUCACGGGGACGCUGGAGCUUACCCAAGUAUUUUAACAGGAGCUCUUCAGAAGUGUCAGUCUGAACUCAAAUCUGCUCUGAAGAAGAGUUUUGAGUGUUUCUAUGAAGGGAUUGCUAAAGCAGGAAACCCAACCCUUCUGAACCAGAUCUACACAGAGCUCUACAUCACAGAGGGAGGGACUGCAGAGGUCAAUGAUGAACAUGAGAUCAGACAGAUUGAAACAGCAUCCAGGAAACCGCACAGACCAGAAACAACCAUCAGACAAGAAGACAUCUUUAAACUCCCACCUGGAAGAGAUGCACCAAUCAGAACAGUGAUGACAAAGGGAGUGGCUGGCAUUGGGAAAACUGUCUUAACACAGAAGUUCACUCUGGACUGGGCUGAAGACAAAGCCAACCAGGACAUCCAGUUCUUGUUUCCACUUACUUUCAGAGAGCUGAAUGUGCUGAAAGAGGAAACAUUCAGCUUGGUGGAACUUGUUCAUCACUUCUUUACUGAAACCAAAGAAGCAGGAAUCUGCAGCUUUGAAAAGCUCCAGGUUGUCUUCAUCUUGGACGGUCUGGAUGAGAGUCGACCUCCUAUGGACUUUAAAAAAGCUACAAUCCUAACUGACCCUAAGAAGUCCACCUCAGUGGAUGUGCUGCUGACUAACCUCAUCAGGGGGAAACUGCUUCCCUCUGCUCGCCUCUGGAUAACCACACGACCUGCAGCAGCCAAUCAGAUCCCUCCUGACUGUGUUGGCAUGGUGACAGAGGUCAGAGGGUUCACUGACCCACAGAAGGAGGAGUACUUCAGGAAGAGGUUCAGAGAUGAGGAGCAGGCCAGCAGGAUCAUCUCCUACAUGAAGAAUUUACGAAGCCUCCACAUCAUGUGCCACAUCCCAGUCUUCUGCUGGAUCACUGCUACAGUUCUGGAGGAUGUGCUGGAAACCAGAGAGGGAGGAGAGCUGCCCAAGACCCUGACAGAGAUGUACAUCUACUUCCUGGUGGUCCAGACCAAAGUCAAGAAGGUCAAGUAUGAUGGAGGAGCUGAGACAGAUCCACACUGGAGUCGAGAGAGCAGGAAGAUGAUUGAGUCUCUGGGAAAACUGGCUUUUGAUCAGCUGCAGAAAGGAAACCUGAUCUUCUAUGAAUCAGACCUGACAGAGUGUGGCAUCGAUAUCACAGCAGCCUCAGUUUACUCAGGAGUGUUCACACAGAUCUUUAAAGAGGAGAGAGGACUGUACCAGGAGAAGGUGUUCAGCUUCGUCCAUCUGAGUGUUCAGGAGUUUCUGGCUGCUCUUCAUGUCCGUCUGACCUUCAUCAACUCUGGAAUCAACCUGAUGGAAGAUGAACAUGAAAAUGUUUAUUUAAAUAAACCAGAUCUACGUCUCCAUCAGAGAGCUGUGGACAAGGCCUUACAGAGUCCAAAUGGACACCUGGACUUGUUCCUCCGCUUCCUCUUGGGUCUUUCACUAGAGACCAAUCAGAGUCUCCUACGAGGCCUGAUGACACAGACAGGAAGUUGCUCACAGACCAAUCAGGAAACAGUCCAGUACAUCAAGAAGAUCAGUGAGAAAGUGUCUGCAGAGAGAAGCAUCAAUCUGUUCCACUGUCUGAAUGAACUGAAUGAUCGUUCUCUAGAGGAGGAGAUCCAUCAGUUCCUGAGAUCAGGACGUCUCUCCACAGAUUUUCUUUCUCCUGCUCAGUGGUCAGCUCUGGCCUUCAUCUUACUGUCAUUAGAAGAAGAUCUGGAGGUGUUUGACCUGCAGAAAUACUUUCCUUCAGAGAAGGUUCUUCUGAGGCUGCUGCCAGUGGUCAAAGCCUCCAGCAAAGCUCUACUGAGCAGCUGUUCCCUCUCAGAUGAAGGAUGUUUAGCUCUGGUCUCAGCUCUCAGCUCUCCGUCCUCCAGACUGAAGGAACUGGACCUGAGCAUUGAGGACUCGGGACUGAAGAAGCUUUGUGAUGGACUGCAGAGUCCAGACUGCAGACUGGAAACUCUCAGGCUGACUGUCUCCAACCUCUCAGAGAGAAGCUGUGAACUUCUGUCCUCGGCUCUCAGCUCCUGGUCCUUCCGUCUGGAAGAGCUGCAGCUGAGAAACUGCAGCCUGGAGAAAACAGUAGUGAAGCUGCUGUGUGCUCUACAGAGUCCAUCAUGUGACCUGCAAACUCUCAGGCUGAGUGCGUGUGGCCUCUCAGAGAGAAGCUUUGGACCUCUGUCCUCCGUCCUCAGCUCCCAGUCCUCCAGUCUGACAGAACUGGACCUGAGCAACAACGACCUGCAGGACUCAGGACUGAAGAAGCUUUGUGGUGGACUGAAGAGUCCAGACUGCAAACUGGAAGCUCUCAGGUCAGGAUUCAUCAAACUGUUUACAAUGAGUUUUUAUUAGAGGUGGACUGGCUGAUGCUGAUUUUAGAGAUCAGGUUCUCAUUUCUAAGCUGGCGUAGGUACAAAUACCGGCGUGUUAUAAUAGCCAAUUAUAUCACCUCCUGGGAUUUAUAAAAACAAACAUGGCGGGAGAAUGUCCCCGCCUUCACGGCUACUCUGACUCUGGUAUUACACAGAAUCUGGAGAAACGGGAAACUGCAACACCACCGGUCCAGAAUAAACCCAAAGAGAUGAUGUGAGACGUUUGCUCAGUCA